AUGGAUGACAAGUUAGCUUUCAUGAAUGAAGUUCUUAAUGAAGAAGUGAUUACAGAGUUCAGGGAGACUAUGAUUAAGCAAUUUGAGAUAACAGAUAUGGGACUCAUGUCAUAUUUUUUGGGAAUUGAAAUCUUUUUGUCUGACAGUGCGAUUUUUAUAUUUCAAAAGAAAUAUGUAGGUGACAUUUUAAAGAAAUUCAAGAUGGAUACAGCAAAACCAAUUAUGACACCAGUUGAAGAAAAAUUGAAAUUAACCAAGGAAGGUAGUGGUGGUGGAUAUGUGAAUCCCAUUUACUUUAAAAGUUUGGUAGGGAGUUUGAGAUAUUUGACGUCUACAAGGUCUGAUAUCAAUUUUGCUGUUGGUCUGAUUAACAGGUUCAUGAAAAAUUCACGUCAGUCACACUUGCAGGCAACCAAGAGGAUUUUGAGAUAUGUUGGAGGUACUCGCAGUGAUGGCAAUUUUUAUUCAAAAAAUGAUCCAAUUGAAUUAUUUGGCUACAUAGAUAGUGAUUGGGUAGGUGAUACAAUAAAGAGGAAGAGUACUUCAGGUUAUGCAUUUUUUAUUAGUUCUGGAGUUCGAAGAAGCAACAGGUGA